AUGAGGAUCGCUCACCACAGAAAGAUCACUCACUCGGGAGAGUAUGCCUUCAUUCAUACCGAACUCAUUGAAGGCGAAGCCAUUGGCAAUACUUCAUGGGCUGGUGGUUCAGAGAGCGAUGAGACGAAGCAGACAUUGAAAGAGGCUUAUCAGGCACUGCUGAUUGUGAGUCUUAAUCAACCGCUCGGAGACUUCUACAAGAACUUCAGCGAUGAAGUGAAACAAAGAGCACUGAAGAGUUACAACUAUACGUAUAACGAAGAGAUGGUCAACUAUUUUACGGCCUCUUUUCAUGAUUCGGUUUUACUAUUAUGUCGAGCCCUUCAGGACUACCAUAAUAUGACUGACAGUGAGCCCACUGAUAGCCAGUCACCGCCAGCACGCAUUGAUGGCAGACAACUGGUCGCCCGCAUGAAGAACGUGUCAUUCAGUGCGAUGGCGAUCGCAUUGCAGACUAUGCACUCCUCGACCAAACAGAUCCUGAAUCCG